UUCAAGGCUCAGCAUGCCUCCGUCAGCAGGAGGAAAGGGGAAGAAAUUAUUCUCUAAGAGGGAGGCGCUACAAAGUCUGAACCGUGUCAAAGUUACUGUACAUCCAAACAUUAAUGGGACUUCUGAGGGACUUCUGACUGACUGAGAGACUUCUGCGGACAUACCGGACACGAGGAGACAGACACGAGCAGUGAAGUCAGUCCAUGAGUAUCCACCACGUCUUCUAUGCUGAUGAAAAGAGGCCCAAAUGCUCCAGGAUGGAUCAGGCACUUCCCAGCCAGAGCCCAGCGUCCGACCUGCUGGAGGCCGACAGCGAGGAGCUGAGUCUCAGAGUGGACUUCUUCAGGAAGCUGGGGUACUCCUCAGCAGAGGUUAGGGCUGCUCUGAAGAAGCUCGACCUGAACACAGACACUAACUCGGUGCUGGGGGAGCUGGUUCGGAGCAGGACCGGCACGGCACCCUGCAGCUCCGACAGCGAUGACAGGAGCCAAAAAGACCCUCUGCUGCCCCCCAGUUGGGCUGUUGGACCCUCCCGAAUCACACAGAAACCAGUGGAAUGGAAUCAUUCAGAUACUGAAUUGAGACCUAUUGUUAUUGACGGCAGCAACGUUGCUAUGAGUCAUGGGAACAAGGAAGUGUUCUCAUGUCGAGGCAUCCAGCUCGCAGUAAACUUCUUCUUGGACAGAGGUCAUAAUACCAUUACCGUGUUUGUCCCAACUUGGCGCAAAGAGCAGCCCAGACCUGAUGCCCCGAUAACAGAUCAACACUUUUUGAUGGAGCUUGAAAAAAGGAAAAUAUUGGUCUUCACUCCAUCGCGCCGUGUUGGUGGUAAGCGGGUGGUUUGCUAUGAUGACCGCUUUAUCGUCAAGGUGGCAUAUGAGUCGGAUGGAGUGAUCGUAUCCAAUGACACCUACCGUGACCUCCAAGGAGAAAGACCUGAGUGGAAGAAAUGCAUCGAGGAGAGGCUUCUCAUGUUCUCCUUUGUGAAUGACAAGUUCAUGCCCCCAGAUGACCCUCUGGGUCGCCAUGGCCCCAGUCUUGACAACUUCCUUCGGAAAAAUCCUCUGCCUACAGAGCAGAAGAGACAGCUCUGUCCUUAUGACAAAAAGUGCACUUAUGGUAUCAAAUGUAAGUUCUACCAUCCAGAGCGGUCGAGCCAGUCUUACCUGUCCUUGGCGGAUGAACUGAGAGAAAAAGCCCAGAUUUCUACUGUAAAAGAAGAAAGAAAUGCCAGAUUAUCACCAAGACAGCACCAGUCCGAUCCUGCUCAUAAUGCCUUUUCCUAUCCUCUAGACUCUACCAAAGAGCACACAAGAGACAGGCAAAGUCCUUCACAUCCCAGUCAGGUUUGUGAAAAUACACUGCUGUACUGGGAGGAUCAGAGAAAAAGUCCUAAUCAAAUGCCCUGUCCUGUAAACCAGUGUCACACAGAUUGGCCUGGGAUGCACUCCAUGCCCAGUCAAUACUAUGCCAACGUGUCUCACGAGUACCUUGAUUCUGGCAUUGGCUCUUAUGACAGUCAGUACUCUGACUAUUCGCAUUGCCUCAGUAACCCCAACAGACCCAGGCCCCAGCAGCUAACUGCCCUCGCCGGACCCAGACAGGCCCCAGUGCAUUUAGAGAACAACAACAGCAGCCAGUCUUGCAGGUGCUGUUCCCAUGUAGGCCCCUCAACAGUUUACCAGCAGCCUCAUGGAAACCCAGACUGCAAGGGUCAUUCCCAAUAUGACAGCUACCCUCCUCAAAUGUUCCCGCCUAGUGUGCCUCCCCAAAACAGCCAUCAGCAUUACGGUGGAGCCCCGCAUCAUCAGCAAAGUUACUGGUCGGAUCCAUUUCAGGGGUUUCCCCAAGCCAGGACACCGUGUAGUCUCCCCUCUUCGGCCCACUCCUCACACUCCAACAGCGGCUCUUACAAAGGCCAGCAGUACCACUCCUGGGGCCCAACGCAUGGAUCCCCUGAUGCGUUUGACCCACAAAAAAGGAUGGAUCUCCGCAAGAAACUGCAAGCCAUCUUCAACCCCAGUCAGGUGGAUACCGUCAUGGAAAUGUAUCCUCAUGUGACGAAUGCGGAGAAACUGGCAGCAGAAAUCCUCAACCUGAAGGCUCAGAGAGGGAUUUUCUGAUAAUCCUCUGAUGAUUUUCUACCAUCGCUUUCUUUUAAGUCAGAACUACCAUAACAUUUGUGUUGACUCUCUCAAAGCAAACAAGGAUUUGCUUGAAAAGCUUAAUUGUGUCUAUGGAUACGAUAUGAUAAUAUUUUAAUGGUCAGAUCAACCAUUAGUUUGCAAAUGUGCCUUCCUAUUUAUGAACAGUUAAGACAUCUGUGCUAUGUAUGUGUAUGACAUUAUCGUCAAAUGUGACCUUGUGAUCCAAUCAUUUGGAUGAAAUGUGCUACUUUACCAAAAAAAGUUAAGCCUAGUGCUUCUAGAGUUUUGACUGUUGAUGCAUAUUGUGUCAAAUGUUAUAUAUUUUAAUCUAUUUCCAAAAGAAGUUCUCAUGCAAUAAGAAAUGGCUGUGUAAAGUUUUAUUUUUUUAUUUUUUUAUUUCACUCUAGUUCUCCAGAAAAUUGGGUUUUUCUGUAUUAUACCUGAGAAAUAAGUAUGUUAUAUUUUUUAAGCUUUAGCCACAUUAGGCUGGUUGAAGCUGGAUCCCCGCUCCAAAAUUGUAUUUAUAAUAACUCACAAGGAACAAGGAAACUGUGAAAACUUUUAUUGAGUACAAGCGAAAGUCAUUUCCCUGUGUGUCAUCAACCUUUCCUGUAAAUCUGCAUCAGUUUCAUGAAACACUCCCGGAACAAGUGUUGUGUAAAUAUGUUCUGUUAGAUCAAUUUACAGUAAGCGUGUCUUAAAAAAAACAUAUUCAAAAUAAAAACAUGUCAUGUAUGAAAUGGA